AUGUAUCCUGCCAUGGACGCGGGAAGGAUGGAUCAAGAGAUCCCCGCCACAGCCAUCACACAGCAAGAGCAGUCAAAACUAAUGGCCUGUGCAACCCGUAUUUGCUGA